AUGCUGCUAUAUCUAGCGGUCUCAGAGCAUGUUGUAAGCGCCGUCCUAGUGUGCGAGGAAGGAAGCAAGCAGCUACCAAUCUACUACGUGAGUAAGGCUCUCCUGGAUGCAGAGACCCGCUACAGCCAUCUGGAGAAGCUGGUCUUAGCUCUGAUAGUCGCUGCCCGUAAGCUGCGGCCCUAUUUCCAAGCUCACCCAAUCGUGGUCGUCACUUCCUUCCCCAAAAAAUUGGUCCUCCACAAGCCUGAAGUCUCUGGACGCCUAGCGAAAUGGGCUGUGGAACUAGGGGAAUACGAUGUGAUUUUUCGACCAGCUACAUCUAUAAAGUCACAGGUCCUGGCAGACUUUGUGGCCGAAUUCUCCCCUACCUUGCUCCCAGCUCUAGAGCAAGAAGUACGCCUCCGAAGCGAUACAAAGGAAGAGGGAGAAUGGGUCCUGCAUGUUGAUGGGUCCAGCAACGUCAGAGGAGCCGGGGUAGGAAUAGUACUUACCUCGCCAACGGGAUAUACGGCCUCAAGGGCCGUGAGGUGCAACCAACAAUGA